AUGUUCGCUCUUCUUCAGAAGCUGCACGAUGAGACGAUGACUCAGAGUCUCUGGCCAUUGGACCUGUACUCGGACUGCAAGAGCGGCAACCACCACAGCACGGGGGAGGAAGGGAUGUCCGACUGCGCUGAGGACGUUGACAACGACACCCUGGACAUGACGAAGGCCCCGUACGCCAUCGGGAGGAGGAGCCUGCAUCCUACCAUGUUCGCGUGA